AUGGAGUUCUGCAGCUUGGUGCUAAAGCAGAGCGGUGCUGUUUGUUCCACUCCACAGCAGCCGGACACUCCUACUGCCUGCAUCCCCAUCCCUGACCCCCUCCCUCCCCCCCUCCCUUCCUCACUCCCUCCCCCCCUCCCUUCCCCACUCCCUUCCCCCCUUCCCCCCCCCCACUCCCUCUCCCACUCCCUCCCCCACUCCCUCUCCCACUCCCUCCCCCACUCCCUCCCCCACCCAGUUGGUGCUAUUCUUACUCCCUCGCCUCCUCCCUCGCCUCCUCCUUCCUCACCUCCUCCUCCCUCACCUCCUCCUCCCUCGCCUCCUCCUCCUCCCUCCUCUGCCGUGUCUGUGGGAGCUAUCGCUGGGAUUGCUCGGGGAGGUGUCCUGGCUGCUGCUCUCCUUGUUGUUGGCGUUUUCUUUCUCUGCAAACGAAAGUCCAAAGAAGUUGGUCCCAAACCAAGCGAUGGAGCAUCCAGAGGGGGAGGGGCGUCUGUUCCAACCCAGUCGCUCGUGUGCCAGCGAUAA